AUGAGCCAAGUUGUUUGGCCUCAAACGGUCAUGGGCGGGGAGUUCGAGGAGGGCGGAGGGGGCGGGGAGGGCGGAGGGGGCGGAGAGGGCGGAGGGGGCGGGGAGGGCGGAGGGGGCGGAGAGGGCGGAGGGGGCGGGGAGGGCGGGGAGGGCGAGGAGGGCGGGCAUUGGGGAGGGAGAGCAGCGGGGAAGGCGGGAAAUCCCCUGGGUGGGGAAAUAGUGAGCGCUGAUCGAGGGUUGGGGUGCCGCCCAAAGCAGGUGUCUGACGUGGCACAUCAGCAGGAGGUGGUGGCGACGCUCAAGAACACACUGGCCACUGGCAAUCUGCCCCAUCUGCUCUUCUACGGUCCGCCCGGAACAGGCAAGACGUCGACAGCGUUGGCCAUAACCAAGGAACUCUUCGGCCCUGAGCUAUACUCGUCCCGGGUGCUGGAGCUGAACGCGAGUGACGACAGGGGUAUCAGUGUGGUGCGCACCAAGAUCAAGGACUUUGCUGGCGUGGCCGUGGGGCACGGGGUCGGCGGCUACCCCUGUCCACCGUUCAAGGUGAUCAUACUAGAUGAAGCCGACUCCAUGACUGAAGAUGCACAGAAUGCUCUACGCCGAACCAUGGAGCUCCACUCGCGCGUCACAAGAUUUGUCUUCAUCUGCAACUACAUCAGCAGGAUCAUCGAGCCGCUGGCCUCCCGAUGCGCCAAGUUCCGAUUCCGACCGCUGGUGGGGCAGGUGAUGACGGACCGGCUCAGACACAUUGCGGACUGCGAACACCUGACGCUCUCAGAGGAGAGUGCAGCCAGGCUGUACGGCUCGUCCAUCUCAGCGCAACACAUGAUUGAAGUGUCAGGGGUGGUGCCUGCCUCAGUUGUCACCUCCAUCCUCGAGGCCUGCAGGGGAGGUGCUUUUGAAGCUGUUCAGUCUGCUGUCACUGCUGCUGUUGCUGAUGGUUACCCUGCUGCGCAAAUACUCUCCCAGCUAUUUGAUGCAGCCACGGCAGCAGACGACCUCACAGACGAGCAGAAGGCGCGCAUCUGUGCCACCAUUGCCGCCGCUGACAAGAAUCUAGUGGAUGGGGCGGACGAGUGGCUUCAGCUGCUGGAUGUUGCCAGCAGCACCAUGCGGGCCGUGCACAACAUGCCACUCUCAGCUUCUUUUGCCACUUGA